AUGGGAAAAUAUGACGAGAAAAGCAGUCAUACAAAACUGUACACUCUAGAUACUCUUGGGGCAUCAGUGGAGGCCCUUGUACUGUUAUCAAGAUUGAAUGCUGUGUCUUUAGCCCUGACAACUCCACUCUCAUCUGCUUUACAUGGCCUACAAAACCAGAUUCAAACCAACCCAGACACCACCAUAUGUUUUGGAAAUCCUCUGCUGUCUAACUUUCAAAGUCCUGGAGGGUACGCUGUGGGCUUUGGGAAAGUAAACCACAGACUCCGAGGGAGUUUGACAGCUAUUAAAACCAGGGCUCCACAAUUGGGAGGUAGCUUUGCAGUUUGGGGAGGACUCCUUUCCAUGACUGACUGUAGUAUGGUUCAGAUAAGAGGCAAAGAAGAUCCCUGGAACUCCAUCACUAGCGGUGCCUUAACCGGAGCCAUCCUGGCAGCAAGAAAUGGACCAGUCGCCAUGGUAGGGUUGGCUGCCAUGGGAGGCAUUCUCCUAGCUUUAAUUGAAGGAGCUGGUAUCUUGUUGACAAGGUUUGCCUCUGCACAGUUUCCCAAUGGUCCUCAGUUUGCGGAAGACCACUCGCAGUUGUCGUCAAGCCAGCUGCCACCGUCACCCUUCAGAGACUACCGACAGUAUCAAUAG